CACGUGAAUUUACAAAUUUUUUAAUUGACACUUGACAGUGAUUUAUUUAAAAAUUUAAUCUUAAAAUAUUUACUACAAUGGCAGAUUUCUUUAGUAAUAACGGUGACAAUUUUGAUUUGGGUUCUUCGUCAGGUGGUGGUACCGACAAAUUGAAAGCUGAUGAAAUACAAAAAGUUAUAAUGAUGGAACAACAAAAAGCCCAAUUAAAUGCUCAAAUACAAGAGAUCAGUGAAAUGUGUUGGGAAAAGUGUGUGGAUAAACCAUCAGCAAAACUUGGUUCAAAAACCGAAGCAUGUCUUUCAAAUUGUGUAAAAAGAUUUUUUGAUUCUUCAGUUAUCAUUGCUCAUAGAUUCAAUCAGUUAAUUCAAAGGUCAAACACUGGUUAACCAAUUAUACACGUUUAAGUGUUCUAUUCUUUAUUAUAAUGUUAAUUCUGUAGUAAUUGAGCAAGAAACUUUUCAAUAUAAAUCAAGUAAUAUAAAUUGUUUUUUUAUAGUUCUGUAUUGUACAUACCUAUAGUUUGAGUGAAAAUUGCUUGUUAUAUUAUUUGUGUUCGAUAUUGUUCAAAUUAAAAUAAAAUAUAGUUAUUAUAUAUUCAUUA